AUGGCUGUCCAAACUUGGUCUGAGACAACACAACAAGAGAAAGAUGAUAGUUUGGCCGAGGGAUAUGUGUCAGAGUUGUGGGACUUCAUUCAUGUGGAUAACCACUUGUUUCGUGCCUUAGCCCAAUUUUGGAAUCCUGCUUAUAGUUGUUUUACCUUUGGAAAAGUUGACUUAGUGCCUACGGUGGAGGAAUAUACGGCCUUGCUUCGUUGUUCGAAGAUCCAAGUAGAUAAAGCCUACUCGAGAGCUGCUAAUGUUCCAACCUUUUUGAAGAAAUUGAUGAAUAUUACGGGGAUGAGUGAGCAAUGGGUCGCAGCACGAAUCAAACAAAAGGGAGAUAGUAAAUGCAUUUCUUGGAAGAGCCUGAAGGAUUUAAUUCUAGCACACCCAGAUAUGAGGAAGAGGGUUGAUGUCUUUGCCUUGGGUAUUUACGGUUUAGUUAUCUUUCCCAAAGCCUUGAGACAUUUUGAUGAAGUAGCCACCGAUCUUUUCGAUCGACUUGGUGAAGGAGUUACACCGGUUCCAGCAAUUUUAGCAGAAACUUUUAGAUCACUGAACGAAUGCCGAAGAGUAGUCACUUCUGGAAGGCUGAUAAAUUUUCCUAUCGAGUUUUUUUCUGAAACUUAUUCACCUUCGAAAGAAAUAGUGGUGAUACCGAGGCAAGAUGGUGUUUUAGAAGAAAGAUGGAUUGUAAUUCUUCAGAAUCUUCAAGAGGAGAAUAUCGAAUGGAGAGCUCCUUGGAUGCUGCCAGAUGAGAUCUUGUAUAGGUGUGGAGAUUUCGAUUGGGUCCCUCUACUUAGGAUUUGGGGAGCUAUUGGCUAUGCACCGUUACUGGUAUUGAGACAGUAUAGAUCGAGGCAGUUCGUACCUACAACCCAAGGAUUAGCUCAGAGUGAAUUCUCGUAUAAGUGUGAUGGUUACAAGAAGAAGAUUCGAGAAAUGACAAAUGCUUGGAGGCAGACUCGACGAAUAAAGAGAUUGGCAGUAGGUCCAUCGACGACUCCUGAAUAUAUCAAGUGGCUAGGUAGGAGGGUCAAUGAUAAUAUACCUGCUCCAGGUCAAGGAGACAAUCAAUUAGUAGAAAAGCAUGUACAUGUGGUCCCUUCUGAGCUAGAAAUUAUAAAGCAGGAUUUCGAAAGAAGAAACUCAGAGCUCGAAAGGAAUAUAGAGCAAAUAGAAUAG